UGUCUCUGCCAGGGACCCGCUCCAGCGUGGCACUGAGCGAAGAAGAAGAAGGAGAAGAAGAAGAAGAAGAGUGGGCUGGUUCUCAGGCGGACGGACGCUUGAGUUCUUGACGAAACGUGCACCGUGAGAACUCGUAUUGCUCACCGACCGAGGAUUUACGGAGUGACCGUUGUGAUCCUGCUUUAUUUCUCGUCGGGCCCGGAUACAUCUGGAUAUCGAGAGAGAGGCUCAACUCCGCUCCCUUCGUCCUGACAUGGACACAGGAGUCGUACCCGAAAAGAAAAGAGUGAGCUCGGAGCGGAGGAAGGAGAAGUCGAGGGAUGCAGCGCGAUGCCGGCGUGGGAAGGAGUCGGAGGUGUUCUACGAGCUGGCCCAGCAGCUGCCCCUGCCCCACAGCGUCAGCUCCAGCCUGGACAAGGCCUCCAUCAUGAGGCUGACCAUCAGCUAUCUGCGCAUGAGGAAUCUUCUCACCACUGAUGACCCCCCGGCAGAAGAGGAGACAGAGCUGGAUAUUCAGCUAAACAGCUCCUACCUUAAGGCUCUGGAUGGUUUCCUCAUGGUGCUGUCUGAAGAUGGAGAUAUAAUUUAUCUCUCUGAGAAUGUCAACAAAUGCUUGGGGCUGGCACAGUUUGACCUGACUGGACAAAGCGUCUUUGAAUUUACACACCCCUGUGACCAGGAGGAGCUGCGGGAGAUGCUCAUCCACAGAACAGGCUCCAAAAAGACCAAGGAUCCAAACACAGAGCGCAGCUUCUUCCUCCGAAUGAAAUGCACUCUGACGAGCCGGGGCCGCACUGUCAACGUCAAGUCCGCUACAUGGAAGGUUCUCCACUGCUCAGGUCACGUUCGUGUUUAUGAAACCCACACUGAACAGACUACUACCGGGCACAAGGAGCCCCCUGUCCCCUACAUGGUUCUGAUCUGUGACCCCAUACAGCACCCCUCCAACAUUGAGGUCCCUCUGGACGCCAAGACCUUUCUCAGCCGCCACACGAUGGACAUGAAGUUCACUUAUUGUGACGAGAGGAUCACUGAGCUAAUGGGUUAUGAUCCAGAGGAUCUGUUGAAUCGCUCCGUGUACGAGUACUAUCAUGCUCUGGACUCUGACCAUCUCACGAAGACUCACCAUAGCUUGUUUGCGAAGGGACAGGUCAGCACAGGACAGUACCGGAUGUUGGCCAAGAGAGGAGGCUUUGUGUGGGUGGAAACCCAAGCCACGGUCAUCUACAACAACAAGAACUCCCAACCACAGUGUGUUGUCUGUGUCAACUUUGUGCUCAGUGGCAUCCAGGAGGAGAAACUUGUCCUGUCUUUGGAGCAGACCGAUGAUGUGAAGCCAGUGAAGGAGGAGCCGCGGGAAGAAGUAAAGGCCGUGGUGGAGAGCAGCCCCCUUGACUCUCCAAUCCUGCUGAAGGAGGUGGAGGAGAAAGCCCCAGAGCUGGACGUGAUCAAACUGUUCACUCAAAAGGUAGAGGCCCGGCCGCUGGCAAGCCUGUACGACCAGCUGAAGGAAGAACCUGAGGCCCUCACCCUGCUGGCCCCGGCCGCAGGAGACACCAUCAUCUCCCUGGACUUCAGCUGCCCUGAUUCAGAGAUCCAGCUGCUGAAGGAGGUCCCUCUGUACAAUGAUGUAAUGCUUCCCUCCUCCAGUGAGAAGCUGGCUCUGCCUCUCUCCCCCCUGCCACCCAGCGAGCCCCUCCACGUCACCACCACCACCACUGACGAUUCAAAAGCUGAGAGCUAUGCCCCGGCUCCGUCCACUUCAAUAACCAGCCACAGCUCCUCAGAGACUGACAGUCAGUUGGACUUCUGUUUGCCCAUGGACUCAGAGAUGAGCUCAGACUUCAAACUAGACUUGGUGGAGAAGCUAUUUGCCAUUGACACAGAGCCCAAGACCCCCUUCACCACACAGGCAAUGGAAGACUUGGAUCUGGAGAUGUUGGCUCCCUACAUCCCCAUGGACGAUGACUUCCAGCUGCGCAGUCUGACCCCAGAUGAGCCUUUGACUUGUGUGCAAGUCAAAUCCCUCAAGAGUUCGCCACUUCAAGUCACACAAGAUGUCAACAGCUACCCCAGCUCGCCAUUCAGCUCACCAGGAAGUAGCACAGCCUCCCCAGCACCGCUUGAGCCUGUAAACGCCCCUCAUCCUGCCACCAUCAUCGCUAAGAGGACCCCGCAGUUGGACAAAGAAGUCUCGCUCAGGACCCUAGCAGCUCAGAACGCACAGCGCAAAAGAAAACUGGGUGAAAUAAAGGAGAUAAUCGGACAGGGAUAUUUGCUUGAGGAACAGCUGGAGCAGGGCAAAAAGCUGAAAGCCUCAAAGUCAGGAACAACCACCGCCACCACCACCACCACCAUACUUCUGCUGCCUUCAGAUCUGGCGAGUCGGCUCCUGGGCAGCACGUCGGAGGGCACCAGUUCUCUCUUCACCCUGCCACAGCUCACCCGCUAUGACUGCGAGGUCAACGCCCCCCUGCAGGGCCGUCAGUACCUGCUGCAGGGGGAGGAGCUGCUGCGCGCACUGGACCACAUCAACUGAGUCGAUGCUUAGCCUGCUCACUGCUGGACUAGACUGGACACUACAGUUUCUCGCUCACAUUGUCACUCCCUGCCCCAGACCCAAACCCAACCUAACCCCCACCGCCCCUUAUUUAAGUAUCUAUAUGAGUUUGAUUAGUUUGGCUGCUGUUUGUGCACAUCAUGUGAUAUCUGCAGCAUUCCACCGUGACAAACGCCAUGGCAGCAUCUGGGUGCAAGGGAUUCAGGCAUCUUGAGAUGUCCACUUGUUUUGUUUUGUGUUCGCUCUCUUCCGGGGAGUCUCUCAGCACACAGCGCCUCGACAGAUGACCCUCUUCCAGCAGGUCACCACAGAACCUGGCGCUACUGCCAGCAGUGUAUUGUAAGCUUCAGUCGCACAAUUUAUAUUUUCUUAAAAAGAAAAAUAUUACCAGCAAUAUAUAUUAAGUCUUUUUAAAGUAGUUUUAAUGGGAUUUGAACAAUUUUAUUUUUUUCUUCUUCCCAUACUUGUAUGUUGUAGUACUCGUACUUAACAAGAUUUAGUCUAAAGUCUUUAGUCUAAAAAGUAUAAAAACUAUUGUUUAAAUGUUUUCAUUUAAUAGCUAUCAGUCUUCGAGGUAAAUACUUUUAAUUGUGUAGCAGUCCCGUACAUGUCACUUUAUUACUUUGCUGUAAGUGUGUGUUACUGUACAUAUACCAGGGACAUUUUAAUCUACUCAGUCUGGCUUCACAGCUUUGAUUCGUACUCUCUUGAGUAAACUGGGAGUGAUCUUUUCACAUUUGCUUCUCGUCGUGGAGGACAAGCAUUUUUCUCUCAACAUGGAGUGAAUUCAUGUUUUUGGUUUUUACUUUGUGAGAAACAUUCAGAACUGUCUUCAAUUAAGUGGAAUCUCAGCAACUUAGAUUUUUACUUGUGUGAUCAUCGUCAUCAUAGUAGCAUUGGUGAGUGGUCAAACCUGUUAGCUCAGUUAAUGGUUGUCAGUCAAAUACCAUUGCUCCAUGCCAUAUUGUUGUCUCAUGCUUCUUGUUGCUGUCUAACAUUAAAUGGCUGAAAUAAA